CACACUGUAUUCCUCUGUUAUAUGAAGCACAGUGUAUUCCUCUGUUAUAUGAAGCACAGUGUAUUCCUCUGUUAUAUGAAGCACAGUGUAUUCCUCUGUUAUAUGAAGCACAGUGUAUUCCUCUGUUAUAUGAAGCACAGUGUAUUCCUCUGUUAUAUGAAGCACAGUGUAUUCCUCUGUUAUAUGAAGCACAGUGUGAUGAUAACUGUAUUGAUGUUGGGUACAAGGUAGGUGAUGAUAAUUCUGAUGAUAUAGGGUACAAGGCAAGUGAUGAAGACUGUGUUGAUGGUGGGUACAAGAUAGGUGACGAAUACUGUGUUGAUGGCAGUUUGUCAGGAGUAAACUACCUGACAGGAAGUGUGUCAGGAGUAAACUACUUGACAGGAAGUGUAUCAGGAGUAAACUACCCGACAGGAAGUGUGUCAGGAGUAAACUACCCGACAGGAAGUGUAUCAGGAGUAAACUACUUGACAGGAAGUGUAUCAGGAGUAAACUACCCGACAGGAAGUGUGUCAAGAGUAAACUACCUGACAGGAAGUGUAUCAGGAGUAAACUACUUGACAGGAAGUGUAUCAGGAGUAAACUACUUGACAGGAAGUGUAUCAGGAGUAAACUACCCGACAGGAAGUGUGUCAGGAGUAAACUACCCGACAGGAAGUGUGUCAGGAGUAAACUACCUGACAGGAAGUGUAUCAGGAGUAAACUACUUGACAGGAAGUGUAUCAGGAGUAAACUACCUGACAGGAAGUGUGUCAGGAGUAAACUACUUGACAGGAAGUGUAUCAGGAGUAAACUACCCGACAGGAAGAAGUGUGUCAGGAGUAAACUACCUGACAGGAAGUGUAUCAGGAGUAAACUACUUGACAGGAAGUGUAUCAGGAGUAAACUACCCGACAGGAAGUGUGUCAGGAGUAAACUACCCGACAGGAAGUGUAUCAGGAGUAAACUACCCGACAGGAAGUGUGUCAGGAGUAAACUACCUGACAGGAAGUGUAUCAGGAGUAAACUACUUGACAGGAAGUGUAUCAGGAGUAAACUACUUGACAGGAAGUGUAUCAGGAGUAAACUACCUGACAGGAAGUGUAUCAGGAGUAAACUACCUGACAGGAAGUGUAUCAGGAGUAAACUACCUGACAGGAAGUGUAUCAGGACCGCAGUGUGCAACCCAAUCUUUGACUGAGGAUGAAAUUCAUCAGGAAUUGUUCCAGGAGGGUUAUGAACCUGAUAUUGAUGACUCCGACAUAGAUGAGGACUACAUGCAGUCAGAAAAAUUGGAGACGACCGACAGUGCAAGUGAACAUGUGGGUGCCACGAAGGGCAGGCCUAGCCUCUCACUCAUGCCUCCUCGCCCACACUCUAUUCCACUUCGUGCCCAGCCACAUAGUUCAUGUGCUACUUUGCCAGAUUAUGAUGUUUUGGUCGACGAGUCUGAGGAAGGUGACUCAUUUUUUGGUUUUAGUGAUUUGGAUACAGAGAAGAGUUUUACCACGCCUGUCUAG